CAAGACGAGCUUAACCAUAGACUACGUAGAAGUUAGAAGAACUGAUGUUUUCAUCUUUGAUUUUUAUGUUUUGAUUUUAUAUUUGGUUGUAAUUUGUAAACAAAAUGCGGUGAUUUUGAUUUUUAUUUAAAGAUAAUUAUAUUGUAAGUGUAAAUUGAAGUUAUUUAUUGAUACUAUAACAAUGGAACCGCCUUCACCAUGGAAAAAGCCAAACGAAGUUAUGCUAUUACACAGAUUGAAAAAACGGAAGAAAGCUUUGCAGGAGCGAAUGAAAACUCCUUUAGGAGCAACAUCAAGUGAAGAAACCAGUCAUUCCAAGUCAGUAGACAUAGAUUUCUCUAGAUUACUAGACGGUGAAAAAAGAAAGAACCCAUUUACAAAACUGUGUUCACCACAAAGCAAAAAGCCUAAGAUAGAAGAAUCACAAUUAGAUGAAUCCAGUGAUAAAACAUUGUUUGCAUUAUUGAACUUACCAGCUAAGGUUGUAGAGAAGCCAGCACAAGAUGUUGACACAGAGAAACUGGCAACAUUCUCAAAUCUAUUGCAGAAGUUUAAUGCUGAACAUUCUGUGGAGACAAAACAGGUUGAGAAAAGAUAUAAAUAUUUACCCAUAGAUUGGGCGAUCAAAACGAAGGUAAGGUUAAUGUCACCAAAACCAUUUGCAUGGACUUCAAAAUUAAAAGCCAGUGAAGAAGCAUCAGGAAUCACAGGGUUUGUAAGAUGCCUUGACACAACCAAAUCAUCCACGCUGGACACUUCACCGCGCGCUCGUUUUCACCAGACCUGUCUCUACUGGCAGCAUCCUCAUCUGCCCUGGCUGGACAUGUACCCACGCUCCUCGGGUAAGGUCGCCGCCACCAGUUUCAUGGCUACCAACGACCAGGUCAAGGAGGCUUUAUAUAGGGAGUGGACGGAGAGCUUCAGGUCUUUGUUUCAGUUGCUGCGCGCGCGCCACUGCCCGUACUUCUACGUGUGCGCGAACUCGUUCACGGUGCUGUUCCGCGCGGCGGGGCUGUGCGCGGCGCCCGAGCCCUGCGCACUGCUGGCGCCCACCACCAGCGGCUUCCGGCAAACGUUGCGACAGGAAGAUGUGGAGUUCACAAUGCCACUGCGGCCAGAUAGCAAGAAAAAGCACAACUCUUCUGAUGAAGAAAAGCUAAAAAACUCGUCAUUUGACAGUUGCUAUGAUACUAUGGACGACGCGAAGUCACAAGAGCUUAACGAGGAGAGGGAAGAUGAGGACGAUCCGAAUGAGCUGCUCUCGCAACUGGGACUGGAAACUGAUGUGAUCAAGAAGAUUAAUAUAUCACAGGCACGCAUGGUAAACAACGCAGAGAGUAAUGUGGACAGCGCGGCGGAGUCGCUAGUGUUCGUCCGCGGCGCCGACGCUCAGGCGCUAUUCAAUUUCUUGCUCAACUGCAAGUCGAUAGUGAGUCCCACUGGGCCAUUCGCCGGCGUGCCUCCCACCUUACUGGCGCCCACUGCGUUCCACGGCGGAACGUUGCAGUCUUUAAAGGUGCGUGAGAACACAAUACACUCGGACAGCCACAAGUACUACUCGAUCGAGCUGCGCGGUCCGAUCCUGCCGACGGCGGUGCACAGCCUGCUGGAGGUGCUGCGCUCGAGCUCCGCCGCGCACUUCAGCGCCACCUUCGCGCACCAACACUCCACGCUCGCCUUCUCCUGGGCGGCCAGCACCGUCGCGGAGGAUGAAUCAGGCAAAGAGAACGAGCCGAAACACUUCGCCAAAGCAUUCAACAAGGAGAACCUGUCGGACUGCGGUAUCAAUGAAGACAUGUUGCAGCACUUUUGCUCCUCUGAUCCCAAGAUAAUAAAAACUCUGGACAGUGUCAAAUAUAACACAGAAGAUUCCACUUAUACAUGGUGAUAUUUUUGUAUGUUUUUAUUGUUGUGUUUGAAUGUGUGAUGAUGAAUUAAACAAUAUUUUUCAUAAUUUA